AUGGAUUCAUAUAAUCAGUAUACUCCUAGUCCUUCUAUAUCUGUAUCUGGUACAUCACCAUAUUCAAUGUGUCCAACACCAUCAGUAUCAACAUUAGGUUAUCCGAUGUCUAAUAAUUCUAGUCAACUUGGGCAAAUGCCAACAUCAUCUAUUCCUGUUGUAUCAUGUCCAACAUCUGUCUCUGUAUCAGGAAAUUAUUCUUAUCCACAAGGAAAUACUUAUCAUCAACAAGGAAUAGGAUAUAAUUUUAAUCAUUCAAUUAAUAAUUAUCAAUCUACACCUACUGAAAAUUGUGAAUCUGUUGGAAGAAAUUUUCAAACACAACAAUGGAUGCAAAAUAAUUAUUUAGAUAAUACUUAUUAUAAUCAACAGGCAACUUCUGGUGCUCCAUCAGUAAUUUCUAAUGCUUCAUAUACCUCAUUAGGUAUGAAUGAUAAUACUUCUCAAAUAAGUUAUCAAACUAAUUUAACUGAUGUUGGUAGAAUGGGUGAUAUUAGAUCUAUGCUUCAGAUGCAAAAUUAUGCUAGUUCAGUUAUUAGUUGUGGAGAAAAUGUUGAUCCAUCUUCAACAAGUUUGACGGAUAAUUUUAGAGCUAAUAUUUUAAAUAAUUUAAUAGAUGAUGAUGAAGAAAUAUGUAAAAAAGCAUUAAUGAUUAUUGAAAAUUUAUCUAAAAAAAAUUCACUUCAAGCUAAACCAUUUAUUAUAGAUAUUAUGGAUGCUAUACAUAAUGAUUCAACAACUUCUUCAAAUAUGGAAAGAUUAUUAAAAUGUUUAUAUUAUUUAAUAUUUAAAAAUGAAGCUAUGCUUUUAAUAAUAAGUUCUUUAGAAAUUUGUAAUUUUGUUUUUAUUGAUACAUUAAGUAGGAGGAUGAUUAAAAAUCAAAGAUAUGGAAAAGUUGCUUUAGUUAUAUUUUUUACAUUAUUAUCAUUACCUGGAGAAACUGGAAAAAAAUUAAGAAAAUAUGCUAGAAAAGAAAUUAUAAUGGAUAAAUUAUUAGAUUAUUGUGAUAAAAUUUUAAAUCCAUCAAAUAUUACUAUUGAUAUUCGACAAUAUUUAUAUAGUCAAAGAAAAGAAAUUCGUUGGAUAUUAAGUUGUUUUAAACUUAUUAUUAAUGAUAAUUUAAGAAAAUAUGCUUUAUCAAAAAAAGGAAUAUUAUUAUUAUUUAAUAUUAUUGAAAAUACUACACUUGAAGAUGUUCAAUAUCUUACAUUAGUAUGUAUUUCUACAUUUAUUUCAUCUAGAUCAAUUGAAUAUGCAGAAGAAUUUGUUAAACAUGGUAUUAUUGAAAAGAUAACAUCCAUUCUUGAUAUUACCUCUCCAUCCCGAAUAAAUGGUAUUGUUCUUUCUCAAAGAAUUAUUGUUGAAUGUUAUGAUAUAUUACUUUCUGUAUCAGAUACAAAUAAUAUUACAACAAAUAUUGCAGCAAAUACAGUUGAUUUUAUGUUAAAAGAAUUAAGAAAAGAUGAUUCAAUAAUAAUAAAAUAUUGUACAGGAUUUUUGUGUAAUUUACCAAGUAAAAGUUCAGCAUUUAAAAUUUUACUACUUGAAAAAGAAAUUAUCUAUCUAUUAUUAGGAACUAUUCGUCGUUAUUUAGAAAAAUGUUGGACUGAUAAAGAUAAAAAUGAACUUAAAAUAAAUGAAGAAAUAUUAGAUAAUUGUUUAACAGCUUUAAAAAGUUUAACAUCACCUAAUUCAAAUUCAUUAGAAAGAAUACAAUAUGGAAUGUUAAUAGAUAAAUUUUUAAAUAUACCAGAAAGUUUUCAAAUAUUAAUGAAUCUUUUUAUAAAUAGUGUAGAUAGCAACAAAUAUCGUAUUAUUACAAUUCUCCAUCGUUUUAUAUCUUUUGAUUCAAAUGACUAUUUACGAUCAUAUAAUGUUGCUGAAUUAUUAUUAAAGAAUGUUGAAUAUAUUAUUAAAGUUAUAUUUGAUAAGGCAAAAUCUUAUAAUACAUGUAAUGAAAAGUUACAAAAAAAUUUAAAAGAAUUAAUAAUAAGAAGUAUAUCACUUUUACAAUAUUAUGUGAAGGAUAUUGAUGUAUGUAUACAAGUUAUUCAAUUGGCAGAAGUGUUGUUAAAUAAGGAUGAUAAUAUUGUUGAUGAUUGGUUAAAUUAUUCUCGGACAAAUGAUGCUGUUAAAGAAUGUUCUUCAUCCUAUGAUUAUAGAUUAAAAGAAGUAACACAAAAGUUUUUAAAAUCAGCACAAGAAAUGCGAUUUUCUAUUUUAACAGAAGAAGGAAUCAAUUGUGGUGAUGAGAUUUCUUUAGCAAACAUUUUUGCCGGUAGCGGUUAA